GUAAAAAAAAAAAAAAAAAUUAAAUAAAAAAUAAAGGGGCUCGUCAGCCGAACGAAGGGAGUCUGCUGGCUCCCUGACGCGAGCCAAGAUUCUAUAGAUCCCGAGACGGAAUCAUUAUUUAAGGACGUUUUUUGAGCGUUUCGGGGACGGUGGCUGUUUCUUUUCGUGGCAUGACUCAGCCUGGCUGCUAGAGGGCUUUUUAACCAUGAUUGUUCCAAGCCAAGGUACACCAGGAGCAGUGUGGUAGCCAGCUGUCCCAAAUUGAGUGUUUUCUGGCUUUGAUGCGACCCGAGUGUGCCUGGAGCAUGUCCACAGUGGGCCUGACUGCCCAGGAGACAUCUUUUCCCGUAGAACACCCCUUCCUGCGGGGCGGGUACUGUCGUCACAGCAUGGCCGGAUCCAAACCAUCGUGGAACUUUCGCCACGAGCUGGACUUCUACUUUAAUCUGAAAUCUGCACACGCAGAUCCCAGCUCUCAUGGGCAGCAGAAGGGUCCGCCAACUCUAAGUUACGAGAGACACAAACACAGCCACAGCACGCAGAAGUUACCUCCCAAGACGUCCCGGCCUUCCCACCUCUCCCUGUCCUGCGCCUCCGAACCCUCCACCCCAAGUCCGGCCGAUGACGACCAGGUGGUCCCCUCAUUCCAAAGGCUCUCUGUGUGUAGCAGUCCGCCGCAGACCCCCGACAGGUGCUCCAAGCCCCUCCCCCCCAUCCCGCCGCACAGGAACAUGUCAGCCGGGCAGGCCAUGGACAACGAGGUGGAAUUUUUUCCCAGUGCGGACGAGAGCUGCUGCCUGGUAUCACAUCAGUAUUCCAAACAUUUUCGACACGGGGUUUCCGGUCGAAGGAGCUUCAGGGACUGCGGGCAGGACAACCUCGCUUACUACGAUGGACCCGUCGCGCCGCAACGCCCCGUGCCCCAGCAGGUGCUGCCUCCGGCGCAGCCCCCGCAGCUGGAAGUGAGUCAGGAGCAGCAAGUGGUCUGUCAGAGACCACAGGACAGAACUCAGAGGAAACUACGGCGUACUCAAUCUGGACCGGCCGGAUACAAACACUCUCAACUGCGCCUCCCCUGCCACUACACCGCGGACAGGUCGGUGGUUCCUCCCCCCGUCCCGCCGCGGACAAGCAAGGCGGCGGACCCUCGCCGCUGGUCAGCCGAGGUGUCGUCCGGGGCGUACAGCGACGAGGACCGACCGCCCAAGCUGCCCCCGAGGGAGCCCUUCCGCACCCCCGGCCUCCCCAAGUACUUCAACGGCGUCAUGCCCGCGACCCAAAGCUUUGCACCGGACAAAAACUACGUCAGUCGGGGUUUACAGAGACAGAACAGCGAGGGCUCCCCUUGCAUCCUGCCUAUCAUAGACAACCAGGGGAACAAGGACAGCAACACUCACUACUACCUUCUGCCGGAACGGACCAACUUUGUGGCCUACCCUUGCCCGGAAAAGCUACUGCAGGCUAUGGGAAGUCCGUUGGCUGGCAAGACGGACGUAUCGGACUCGGAGUGGGACUGCCACACGAGGAGGAAAGCACACGUGGAUCUAGUUUGAACUGCUGCUCAUUUUUUGUUUGAAGCCGUUAUGUAUUGUACGACACCAGGGUACCCCGGGUAUCCGGUUUACUGCUAGCGGUGAGCGCCAUCGCCCCGGAGGUUGCGUUCGGCGCUUUCGACCCUGUGUUUGGUGUCAUGUUGGCAGUACGGUGUGAAAGGUGCAAGCGGGCCUUGAACCUCCCACAGUUCAGUGUUUUAGCGUCUGGAAGGUUGAGGAAGUUCAGUAUGUUCAGUGUCGGGGCUUGAAAACGCUGCUUUUGUGCCUCACCAGGGACACAAUGUGACACCUAGUCUAUCAAGUAGGGAUGGACGAGGUAAUUGAUUGCUCAUUAAUCCAAUCAAUUAAGGCAAGGUGGAGUGCAGUACUCGGCCGCAACCAGCAGAGGCGCUAUUGGAAUCAGUCGCAACUCGGAAAGUCAUGGAAAAAAAUAAAAUAGUUAAAUUACCCUCAGCUCAAAGCCCAUCCCUCAGAUAUGAAGAUUGUAGGGUCAAAUGAAGGAUUCUAGCAGACAAAGAGCUACUGUAUGUUUUUUAAUCGAUACGACACCUUUUGAUUUUUUGUUUAAUGAUAUGUCAAACGCUCGUAGCUCGGCAUGUGUCAAGUGCAGCUGCCGUAGCGUCCUCUCACACAGACCCUGUAAAACAAACGCCUCAGAGCCGUGGCAGACAUCACAGUAGCCAAAAGACAUCUCUUUCACACAGAUUCUCUGAAAUAGCCGCAUCGGAGGAGUGCCUUUCACACAGAUUCUUUAAAAUAGUCGCAUCAGAGUUGUGCUUUUCACACAGAUUACGCAAAAACAAGAUAUUUCCGCGACUGUGCGCUUUCACACAGCAACACAUCUUCUGAUUCUACUACUCCAAAGUCAACCCGCAAAAACGCAGAAUGAUGGCGGCUUUCACAGUUUGUGUAUAAGGGGCUGUCGAGAUUUGGAAAAUUCAAGAGGAUCCUGCCUUUUUUACACAGUUCUAGUCCGAGUGAAUUUACGGUCCAUGUGGUCUCGGUCACGGCUCUGGCCGGCACAUUUGCAGGGCGACUUUGAGGACCGUUUGUAGAGAAGAGCAAACUGGAAAGAAUUCCAGGCAGAAAGAUGGUGGCUUUUCCAGGCUGUGUGAAAGAGGCUGUAGAGAUCCUGCGAAUUGACACAUCAUAGGCAUAACAAAAUAAUGGAUUUUUGCUUUUCAUGCAGAACCUAGCAAAUCAAGAUAUUUGUGUGAGUGCGCUUUCACAUAGUAACACACCCCGGCAACCCAAAAAAAAGGCAGUCUGUGUAAAAGGGGCUGUGAAUCGACACAUCAGAGGAUCUGGCUAAGAUAUUUCCGCGACUGUGCGCUUUCACACAGCAACACAUCUUCUGAUUCUACUACUCCAAAGUCAACCCGCAAAAACGCAGAAUGAUGGCGGCUUUCACAGUUUGUGUAAAAGGGGCUGUCGAGAUUUGGAAAACUCAAGAGGAUCCUGCUUUUUUACACAGUUCUAGUCCGAGUGAAUUUACGGUCCAUGUGGUCUCGGUCACGGCUCUGGCCGGCACAUUUGCAGGGCGACUUUGAGGACUGUUUGUGGAGAAUCGCAAACCGGAGAAGCCCAGGCAGAAAGCUGGUGGCUUUUCCAGGCUGUGUGAAAGAGGCUGUAGCGAUCCCGCGAAUUGACACAUCAUAGGCAUAACAAAAUAUUGGAUUUUUGCUUUUCACGCAGAACCUAGCAAAUCAAGAUAUUUGUGUGAGUGCGCUUUCACAUAGCUACACACCAAAAAAAAGGCAGUCUGUGUAAAAGGGGCUGUGAAUCGACACAUCAGAGGAUCUGGCUUUUGCUUUUUAGGCAAAAACAAGAUAUUUCCGCCACUUUGCGCUUUUACACAGCAACAUAUCUUCUGACUCUACUACUCCUAAGUCAACCCGCAAAAACGCAGAAUGAUGGCGGCUUUCACAGUUUGUGUAAAAGGGGCUGUCGAGAUUUGGAAAACUCAAGAGGAUCCUGCUUUCUUACACAGUUCUAGAAUUUACGGUCCAUGUGGUCUCGGUCAUUUGCAGGGCGACUUUGAGGAGCGUUUAUAGAGAAUGACAAACCGGAAAGAAAAGAAGCCCGCUGUGUGAAAGGGGCGACGUCGAGUGUGAGGUGACUGUAUUUGUUACUUUGUGUGCGUGCGGAGGUGGCCCGAGUGAAUGCAUCCUUACUGAAAUGUGUGUUUUUAAUGUCGUGGUCAAGCUGUGAAGUUCUACCUCCCUCCAGAUCCAAUCCUCUAUUUCACCUAGUCCGCCUUUUUUUUUUUUUUUUUUUUUUUUUUGUUAUCGUCUGCUGCACAGCAGUGACAGAUGUCAUGUUGUGUGCAUGGUCUUAAAGCCACACGGGGAGCGUUGUCACAGACUUUCCUGUUCUCGUACAUUCCUGCCUUACAUGAUUGCAGUGGGUGUGGUCUGACAGACUUUGGCUGCUGGCAGCCGAGAGGAAAAAAAAAAAAAAAGAAACAAGAAAAAAAGAAAAAUGGAUCUUUUUUGAAUUGUAUUUUUUAUUAGAGUUGUUGCUCAGCCAAGUUGUAAAUGUAGCACACGUGUUGAAGUUCACUUUGGGCUCACUAAAGGUCAAUUGAAGUCUACUUUGUGUUGUGUUCUUUUCCCCCCCUUCGCUCCCGACUUAAAAAGUCCCGACGACAAUAAUGUUUACAUCACACACUGGUACUAUUUAAUCUUAAAGGUAUUGAACGGUCUUAUGAAAGGACGGCGAAGAAGUGAAGAGGAGUAAAAAACAAAUAAAAAAAAACAAGUAAUAAUCUCUGCUGUGGUGAAGACAUGCACUGGGAGAGUCUCGUAUGCUGUGUACAGUAUUUAACUAUUCCGUUUGUAGUCUUUUUUUUGCAAAGAAAUAAACUUUAUUUAUGAA